AGCGUGAGGCGCGGGGAAGGACGGCGGGACCUGCCCGAUAACCCGGAGAGAUUCGACUACUGGCCCUUCGUGCUGGGUUGCCAGGGUUUCCUGGCCGGUCGGCACUGCUGGGAGGUGGAGGUGGGGGACGGAGGGGACUGGGCCGUGGGGGUGGCCCGUGAGUCCAUCCGUCGGAAGGGGCACCUCAGCCUCUGCCCCCAAGGAGGGAUCUGGGGGGUGGAAAAGUGGGGGGGGCAAGUCCGGGCGCUCACCACCCGCAAGGUGACCCUCCUACCCCUGCGUUGGGUGCCCCGGCGGGUCAGCGUCCACCUGGACUACGCCGGAGGGACAGUGGCCUUUUUCGACGCGGACGAGGGGGGGCUCAUGUUCGUUUUCUCACGCGCCUCGUUCACCGGGGAGAGGGUCCGCCCGUGGCUCUGGGUGGUGGGGGCCAGGUCCCAGCUCCGGCUGUGUCCCUAA